CACAAUGGUCCGUCAACUUCGACUUCGACUUCAGCGUUAACGCAUCCGUCAAUGUACUAAAAACGUUGACGGAUGCGUUAAUGCAACACAUGCACACAAUACUGCGUUGCGUCGUGCGUUUUUGUUAUUGUUGAAUUGCGUCAUUCUCAUCGUAGACUUGUUUACCUACAUCAAGUUGUGAUCACUUUUUCCUCGGAGUUGAACUUUUGACGUUGACUGCAUUUCUAGCGGAAUCCGAAGUUUUGUUUUAAAAAAUGGAAUACUUCAGCGAAGCAGCGGAAAUUCUGGAGGUCGUCUCCGUAUUAAACGACUUGAGAACGGUUGUUAAUUCUCGUGAAUAUCCCCGCAGAGCUGCUCGCAGGUGAGUAAAGUAUCAUCAGAUUUUCUUUAUUUUUGUCGGCGUAACAUUUCUGUUUUUAGGUGGUGGAUUCGGCCUGCCAAUGAACAGCGAGAGAAAAAAGGAUUUUUCGAAACCGAUUUUCACUUAUUGAGAAGUCGAGAUCCGGAAUACUUUUUUAAAUCCGUCCGUAUGAGUCCGGAAUGCUUUGAUUUACUAAUGAGUAAAGUUGGAUCAAAGUUGCAGAAAUUUUCCUUCCGGAAACCGAUUUCCGCAGAAUGUAGGCUGUUCAUGACUUUAAUGUACCUUGCUCACGGGUCCUCUGUAUACGUCAUUUCAAGGCUAUUUCGUAUGGGCGUGUCUACGGUCCGAAUGAUUACACUGGAAGUUUGUGAAGCACUAUGGAAUUCUUUAGUGGAGGAAUACAUGCCAGAAGUGGAUGAAAGUCGAUGGAACGACUACAGCCGUGAAUUUUAUGAAAUGUGGAAUUUUCCACACUGCUGCGGAGCCAUCGAUGGCAAACAUGUUGCCAUACAAUGUCCGCCAAACAGCGGAUCGUUAUACUAUAAUUACAAGCAUUUUCAUUCAAUCAAUCUGUUGGGUGUUUGUGACCCAAAGUACAAUUUCAUCGCGGUAGAUAUUGGAGGCUACGGCGGUAACAGCGAUGGCGGCAUAUUUGCUUAUUCGGAAUUUGGGAGGCGACUAGUCAAUAAUAUGCUCAACUUUCCGAAUCCCUGUGAAUUGCCUGGAUCAAACGAAAUACUGCCUCAUUUUGUUGUCGGCGAUGCGGCAUUCCCUCUAAAAAAUAACCUACUCCGCCCGUAUCCUGGAAUUAACUUAUCCGUCGUGCAAGAAACGUUCAACAAACGCUUAUCAAGAGCUAGAAGAACCAUUGAGAAUAGCUUUGGCAUUCUUGUCGCUAGGUGGAGAAUAUUGAAAAAUACGCUUUUCAUGCUUCCUGAUUCAGCUGAAAAAAUUGUAAAAGCGUGUGUUAUUUUACAUAAUUUCGUUAAACGUCAUUCUGCCACCGAAUAUUGUCCACCAGGUUUUGUGGACCAUGUGGACAAUGACGGAAACAUCAUUGAACCGGGUGAAUGGCGUACGCUGGUCGAUCCGUUGAGAAGCAUUCCUGCGGCGUCCAUCCACAGAGGAAACAAUGCCGGACGAUCAGCCUUUCAAAAUCGCGAUAUUUUGGCAAAAUAUGUGUUAGAGCAUCCAAUCAACUGAAAGAAAAAUCGUUACAAACUUCUUCUAAAAACCGUGUUGUGUAAAAUCUGUACUUGAAUUUACUGAAAAUUGAUGUAAAUGUAAGCGAUCAGUGCUUUUUAGAAAAUAAAUAAAACAAAUCGCGCAACUCUGAAAAUACUGUUGAAUUUCUUCCAUAAAAACCUAUUAAAAUAACUGAUUUGUAAAUGAUUAUUUGUGGCUGUUGCUGGUAAAUUUGUAAGGACAGUCAAGAAUGUUUGAGUACUUUGUUUGGUUCGAAAUUCUGAAGGA